ACCGGAUUUAUGAUACACAUGAAUUUUCCAUUCGGUCAGAUUUAUCGGAUUUUACCCUAUUGGUAACAAAUUACACGAGUAAAAUCUCGGUUUAUUGUUAAAUUAGUGCAGUUGCAAAUAUAACUGGACUUUUCAAAUAAAAAGUUCGUUUCGAAUGGAAUCGACGAGAAUGAGCGAAAGUGAAAACGAGCACGAGUCGUCAAAUGUGGACGAGAAGUUCCGUCCACGAAAACGAAGUCUCGUCUGGCAGUUGUUUGAAAAAUUGUCCAGAUAUCGUGUGCGGUGUCGUUUGUGUAACCAUGAACAGAAUUAUCAAGGAACGACGGGUAAUAUCUUAAGGCAUCUAAAAUCUAAGCACGAACUGGAUGCUACAAUAAAAGGUCAGCAAGAUCCCCAGCACCAGGAACGUUUGAGGUUACUAUUAAGCAAUUUGCCCCCGCAAACAUAUACUAUGCCAGCAGCGGCCAUAAAAGUGGAACGUAAUUUCAAACCCAGAAAAAGUUCCUUAAAUGAAGCACCCCCACAAGAGGAUGGAAUGAAUGGUGGUAAUACGUUCGAUGAAAAUGACAUGCAAGAUGAUACCUACAUACAAGAGGAACCUUUUGAGAACUAUUUAUGCGCAGAAGAACCACCUAUAGAUCCAGUCAGUGAAGAUGAAUGGGGAAAUCAAAACUAUUCAACAGCCAUGAAAAGAAAGAUACGUUCCCAACUUGACGAAGAACGGGUAAUUGCCGAGACUGAAUACUUCCGCGAAAAAGCAGCUUAUUUCAAACUGCAAAAACAUUUAACAGCGCUGCAGGCCAAGAAAAUAAGACUUGAAAUUGAACAAUUGACAAAACGUAAUAAUGGUGGAGCGUAAUUAAUUCUUUAGUUGUUCAUUUUAACUCUAAUAUAAGAACAUUCGUCUAAAAAUUUAAGAGCUAAACCUUGAUAUAGAAUUGUCAUAAUCAUAAAAGGAAUAGCGUUAAUAUUUUUAUACAUAAACCUAUUAAUAUAAAUAUCUAACAAUUGUAAAGUAAAUAGUAUACUAAGCUGUAUAAAAUCAAAUAUACAUAUGAUUGUUUUGUGAUUGAGAGUGGACUGAUUAAAAUACAAAGAUUACCGAAUUCGUUUAAUUCAAA